CGGAAACUACAUCCCCCGGCAUGCUUUGCUGCGGCCCUGUCACGUGACAGCCGGCAUCACUAUGGCGGAAGCAGAGGAGAAGGAUCUUAGAUCUAAUGAAGAAUCUACAGAUGAUUCUGAGGAGGAUGAUAGUGAGGAAGAACCCAAGCUGAAGUAUGAAAGACUUUCUAAUGGGGUAACAGAAAUUCUCCAGAAGGAUGUUGCUAGCUGCAUGACAGUUCAUGAGAAGUUUUUGGCACUUGGAACACAUUAUGGCAAGGUUUAUUUACUUGAUGUCCAGGGAAACAUCACCCAAAAGUUUGACAUUAGCCCAGUUAAAAUCAACCAAAUAAGCCUGGAUGAAAGUGGAGAGCACAUGGGUGUAUGUUCUGAAGAUGGCAAGGUGCAGGUGUUUGGAUUGUACACAGGGGAAGAAUUCCAUGAAACAUUUGACUGUCCAAUUAAAAUCGUUGCUGUUCACCCUCAGUUUGUGAGAUCUCAUUGCAAGCAGUUUGUAACUGGAGGAAACAAAUUAUUAUUAUAUGAAAGGACAUGGAUGAACAGGUGGAAACCAUCUGUCUUACAUGAAGGAGAGGGAAAUAUAAGAAGUGUCAAAUGGAGAGGAAACCUGAUUGCUUGGGCCAAUAACAUGGGUGUGAAGAUACUUGAUGUGAUUGCAAAGCAACGAAUCACCAACGUGCCCCGAGACGAUAUAAGCCUUCGUCCUGAUAUGUAUCCCUGCAGCCUUUGCUGGAAAGAUAAUUUAACACUGAUUAUUGGCUGGGGAAAUUCAGUAAAGAUCUGCUCAGUAAAAGAACGUCAUGCAAGUGAAAUGCGAGACCUACCUAGUCGCUACGUGGAAAUUGUGUCCCAGUUCAACACUGAAUUUUUCAUCAGUGGGAUUGCACCACUCUGUGACCAGCUUGUCAUACUUUCAUAUGUAAAGGAGAUUUCAGAGAAGACAGAAACAGAAUGUUGUGCCAGACCCAGACUUGAUAUAAUUCAGCCAUUUCCCGAAUCAUGUGAGGAAAUCUCUUCUGAUGCGCUCACAGUGAGACGCUUCCAGGAAAAUGAAUGCCGAGAUUAUUGCUUAGAGUAUUCAGAAGGUGAAUCACUUUUUUAUAUUAUCAGUCCAAGAGAUGUUGUUGUAGCCAAAGAACGUGACCAGGACGAUCAUAUUGAAUGGCUCUUAGAGAAGAAGAAAUACGAAGAGGCUUUGAUGGCAGCUGAGAUCAGUCAGAAGACUAUUAAAAAACACAAGAUUCAGGACAUAGGUUUAGCCUACAUAAAUCAUCUAAUGGAAACUGGAGAUUAUGACCUAGCAGCACGAAAAUGCCAGAAAAUACUUGGCAAGAACACAGAUCUAUGGGAAUUUGAAGUACACAGAUUUAAAGAAAUUGGGCAACUUAAGGCUAUCAGCCGCUAUUUGCCAAGACGAGAUUCAGUCCUUAAACCUUUUAUCUAUGAAAUGGUCCUGCAUGAAUUUCUGGAGAGUGACUAUGAGGGAUUUGCAACGUUAAUUAAAGAAUGGCCUGGGAAUCUCUAUAACAAUGCUAUAAUUGUCCAAGCAGUUGUGGAUCAUCUGAAGAAAGAUCCACAGAACAGAACCUUGCUGAAGACUCUGGCAGAAUUGUACACCUAUGACCAACGCUACAGAAAGGCCCUUGAAAUUUACCUCACACUGAGACAUAAAGAUGUUUUCCAGCUGAUCCACAAACACAAUCUUUUCAGUUCCAUCAGGGACAAAAUUGUUCUGCUAAUGGAGUUUGAUUCAGAGAAAGCAGUUGACAUGCUUUUGGAUAAUGAAGACAAAAUCUCUAUUGAUAAAGUUGUGGAAGAAUUGAACAACAGGCCUGAAUUACAGCAUGUGUAUUUGCAUAAAUUGUUCAAGAGGGAUCAUCACAAAGGACAAAAGUAUCAUGAAAAACAAAUCAGCCUCUAUGCAGAAUAUGACCGGCCAAACCUACUUCCAUUUCUCAGAGACAGCACCCAUUGCCCUUUAGAAAAGGCUCUGGAGAUCUGCCAGCAAAGAAACUUUGUAGAAGAAACAGUUUAUCUUUUGAGUAGAAUGGGCAACAGCCGAAGUGCUCUGAAGAUGAUCAUGGAGGAAUUAAAUGAUGUAGAUAAAGCUAUUGAAUUUGCUAAAGAGCAAGAUGAUGCAGAACUUUGGGAAGACCUCAUCUUAUUUUCCAUUGACAAACCACCUUUUAUUACUGGCCUGUUAAACAAUAUUGGGACCCAUGUCGACCCAAUCCUACUGAUCCACCGCAUUAAGGAAGGAAUGGAGAUUCCAAACCUGAGAGAUUCACUGGUAAAAAUUCUUCAAGAUUACAAUUUACAGAUUUUGCUUCGGGAGGGAUGCAAAAAGAUUCUUGUUGCUGACUCACUCUCCUUGUUGAAAAAGAUGCACCGAACACAAAUGAGAGGGGUCCUUGUGGAUGAGGAGAAUAUCUGUGAAAUGUGCCUUGCUCCUAUAUUGCCUACAGAUGCUUCUAAAUCUUUCAGUAUAACCGUUUUUCACUGCAGGCAUAUGUUUCACAAAGAGUGUUUUCCUGAACCUAGCACAGAGUCUUCAAUACACUUUUGCAACAUCUGCAGCGCUAAACACCGAGGACCAGGCAGUGCUAUUUUGGAGAUGAAAAAAUAAUGCUUUCUGGCAUGCUGACAGUUUAUAUCUCUGUAUGACUAUUUCAGUUCAGUAUAGAAGAGCAUGCUUCAUUUAUAAAGCUUGUUAAGCACUGUGUAUAUAUUUAGCUGGUUGAGUGUGUUAUAAAGGGGAGGCUUGAAAUCACUGAGCUCAUGGAUAUUUCCUGUGUGGGUUUAAAGUGCUAGAAAAGUGUAUUUUUACUUGUCACGUCACUGUUGUGCAAUGCAGAUGUGGAUGCCUCAAUGGUUGGCUUAAUAUGUAUUAAUUAAUGAAAAGUAAACCUAAGUGUAAAAUUCA